AGCGAUCGCGCUGAGGGAGCGGCCGGAGCCGAGCGGGAGCCGGGAUCGCGACAGAGCCGCGAUAUCUCCUCGAUACCUCACCGAUACCUCACCGAUACCUCCGCGAGAGCCGCUCUUGGGAUUAUUGCUCUUGGAAUUUGCCUUCUCUCGCUUGGGAUUACAAUUGCACCAUGACCCUGGAGGAGCUGGUGCCUUGCGAUAGCAGCAAGAUGCAGGCGGUGAGCGAGGCGGUGGAGCGGGUGCUGGUGGCGGCGCAGCGGCAGGACCGGCUCACGGUCGGGGUCUACGAGUCCGCCAAGCUCAUGAAUGUGGACCCCGACAGCGUCGUGCUGUGCGUUCUGGCCACCGACGAGGAGGACGAAGGCGACAUCGCCCUGCAGAUCCACUUCACCCUCAUCCAGGCGUUCUGCUGCGACAACGACAUCCACAUCCUGCGCGUGUCCGGGAUGCAGCGCCUCGCCGCCAUCCUGGGCGGGGGCGAGCCCGAGCCGGGGGCCGAGCCGCGGGACCUGCACUGCCUCCUGGUCACGAACCCGCACACGGACGCCUGGAAGGGCCAGGGGCUGGCGGAGGUGGCGAGUUACUGCGCCGAGAGCCGCGACAGGAACCAGUGGGUGCCCUUCGUGUGUCUGCAGGAGCGCUGAGCCCUUCCCGGCCCCUUCCCGGCCUGGACCUGAAGGAUUGAAAAAAAAAAACCCUUAAAAAAAAAAAAAGCCGACAUAAACCAGCAGGAUAAAAAAGAAGGAGAAAACAGAGCCAGUUCCAACCCACAAACCCGAGAACCCACCGAUUUUAUUUUUCUUUUUGACCGGAGAGCAGAAGGAGGAGGAGGAGGAAGGGGAGGAGGAAGGAGAGCACGGCCGCAGCGGUGGGAAUGGAGGGGGAGCCGUGCCGAGCCUGGAUGGACACUGGCCAGGGCCUGGAGGGACACUGGCUGGAGCCCAGAGGGACAGUGGCCAGAGCUGCUGGCCGAGGAGUUGUGCUGGCCCAGGGGCCGGAGCUGGGGACCCCCAGAGCCCGGGGGGGGUGACCCCAGAGCUGGAGACUGUCAGGAUUUUUGGCAGCUGGGACCCGAUGGAGGCGAGGACUUGCAGAGGGGUGGAGUUUUUUUGUUGCAAAAACUUGCUUUUUUUUUCCAAGGAAUUACCGACGUCUGCACAAGAUGGACCUGCACCCCCUCCCCGGGGGGUGCUGCUUUUGCACUUGGAGACCCUUGAGCUGAACCUUUUCCAGAGUUUAUUCUUAUACUGAGCGAGGAACUUAAAUUUAUUUGCAAUAAAAUAUCUGAACUCA